GAUAACCCAGAAGAUAUAGAUACAAUACUCCAAUUCUUUUAUUAGUCAAAAUACGUGUAUUUUCAGUAAAUUGUUUUAAGUUAAAAUGUAUAUUGGAUAAAUUAUAAAUUGGCUUAAUGAUAUGUGAGGAUAAAACUAUCAUAACUAAUCAUUUUUUGAGAGUAAUUUAUGUGUUUUUCAUGUGUAGUUAGAUCAAAUUAUUUGAAUACAUUUUAAAUUAAUAUUUAUAAGAUAUACAAUCUAAAUUUUGUUUCUUUGAAUAUCACCAUGAAAAUUAAACAGUUACCUACAACUGUUGUAUCAGCAUGGUCUCCAAAAGCCCACCAACCAUUAACAAUUGCAACGGGAACUGCAGCACAACAAUUGGAUGCCUCGUUUAGUACAUCUUCUACUUUAGAAUUAUAUACUGUUAAUGCUAAUGAAAUAACAUUAAGUCAUUCAGUAUCAACUGAUUGUCGGUUUCAUAAAUUGGUUUGGGGUGCAUAUGAUAUUUAUAACGAAUGGAGUUCUGGAAUUAUUGCUGGAGGCUGUGAUAAUGGUAAAAUUUGUCUUUAUAAUGUAUCUAAGUUGGCUAUGGAUGAAGAUAGUUUAAUUACAACAAGUGAUCGUCAUGUGGGAUCAGUGAAGGCUCUUGAUUUUAAUUCAUUCCAAAAAAACUUAUUGGCGUCUGGUGCUUCAGAAUCAGAAAUAUUUAUUUGGGAUUUAUUUAAUAUGACUUCUCCUAUGACUCCUGGUUCAAAAUCUGAUAAUUUGGAAGAUGUUAUUGAUUUAGCAUGGAAUAAUGAAGUUCAACACAUUCUUGGUUCAUUAUUUCACAAAUAUACUGUUGUAUGGGACUUACGUAAGAAUGAACCUAUUUUAAAAUUGACAGAUGACAAUAACACUAAACUAAGAUGGAAAUCUAUGGCUUGGAAUCCUAAUAUAGCCACUCAACUAUGUAUUGCAUCAGAGGAUGAUCAAUACCCAGUUAUUCAACUCUGGGAUCUUCGAUAUGCAUCAUCUCCUGUUAAAAAUUUAAUUGGACACCAAAAGGGUAUAUUGUCAAUAUCCUGGUGUUCUCAUGAUGCAAAUUUAUUAAUAAGUUGUGGAAAAGAUAGUCGUAUAUGUUUGUGGAAUCCUAGUAGUGAGAGUGAUGAAAAUUUACUACUAUGUGAUCUAGAACAUGAUCAUCAAUGGAACUUUGAAGUGAACUGGUGUCCUAAAGAUCCAUUACUACUAGAAACAUCUAGUUUUGAUGGGAUUACAACAUUUUAUUCGUUAAACAAUGUACAAAGUGUUCAAAACUAUCAAACAGGAGUAAGGGGAAAUUUGAAUAAUGCACCAAAGUGGUUGAGGCGAACUUGUAAAACUUCUUUUGCAUUUGGUGGUCAUUUGUUAUCACUUGAUGGUGCACUAAAAACUGUACAAAUAAACAAAACCAUUACUGAACCUGAUAUGCUUGUGUGGUCUGAAAAUUUGAGAAAAACACUAAAUAAUGAAUGUUAUGAUACGUUUUUUAAUGAAAAAUGCAAAACAACUGAUACUAAUAUUCAACAAACUUGGGAAUUUAUAAGUUCUAUGUUUCAAGAUAAACCUAAAGAAGUUCAAUUAAAAAUACUUGGAUACCCAGUAGAUAUUAUGGAUGAUGUUGCAACAAAAUUUCAAAAUGGAAAUUACUCUGAUGAAAAUAAGAUAAAAAACCAUUUAUCCUCACCAAAAUUGCUUAAAUUUGAUGAAUCUGAAAUUGUGUCUAAAUUUGAAAAUUUGAAAAUACCAACUAGCAAUUUACAAAUGAAUAUUUGCCAAUUACUUUUGAUUGGUAAUAAGACCAUGGCAGCUGAUAUCCUUUUUGAUAAUGGUUAUAUUGUUGAAGCAAUGUUACUUGCAUAUAAUUCAGAUUCUGAUACCUUAACUAGAAUACAAAAUAAAUUUUUUAAAACUACCGAAGGAUUAGAUGCUGCUCUUCUUUAUACUAUAGUGACAGGUAAUUGGCAAAAUUUUGCCGAAAAUUGUAAUUUAAGCUGUUGGAAAGAAAUAAUGGCUGCUCUUCUUACUCAUACAAGUGGACAAAUGUUUGUUUCUUGCAUUGAGAAACUUGGUUCUCGUCUUGCUGUCGAUUCUAAUUAUUCACAAUAUGCAAAAUUUUGCUUUAUUAGUUCAGGAAAUAUUGAAGCUUUUAUAGAAAAUACAAAUUAUAUUGAUUCUGUAACUAAACUACAGCAAUGUGUGGAAAUUACACUUAUACUGCAUAAAUCAUUGAUGUUUAGUGAAUCAAAUUUUUCAGUUGGCAAAAACUUUAAUGAUUUAUUAGUAAAAUAUAGUGAAUGUUUGGUAUCUCAAGGGGAUUUAAAUGGAGCUUUAGAAUUUUUAGAGUUAACAAAUAACAGUCAAGGAAUUGAACUUAAAAAUCAGUUAUACAAAGCUCUUGGAAUAAAUCAAGUUGCUCAUUACUCAAAUCAACCUACACAAAGAAGAACGAGUAUGCAUGCUAUCAGAAAGUUUUCGACCUGUAGUGCUACAGGGACAAUAACACCAGAACCACCUUUUCCAAUAUAUCCAAAUAAAGUGUUACCAGAAAAAGAGAUACCUCAUAAUUACUCAGUGCAACCAAAUACGAGUUAUUCUUCUCAACCACUAUCAAUGUGUAGCUUAGGUAAUCCACAACAAUUAAAAUACCAUGGUUCUCCUAUUACAUUGCCACCUCAAAUAGUCAGUAAUAAUCAAACAAACAUACCUACUAAUCGUAUACCAUCAACACCUCCAUUAAACAAUGAUAGCAGUAGAUCAAUAACUCCAAGUGGCUUGAAAUCUGGUAAACCAAAAUAUGUAGUUGAUCCUUCAGUUAAAGGAAAUUCAUAUGGUGCUUACAAUAAUAAUUCUGGUGGAAUGCCUCAUCUUCUAAAUAGUUACAAUCAAUCACAAAACAUGUUGAGUAAUCAAUUGGGACAGUUUAACAAUAAUCAAUUCCAACAAAAUAGUUUCAACCAAACCACUGACCAAACUUAUAAAUUUCUAAACCCAUUAAGAUCACAUAUUCAACCAACUAACCUAAUUCAACCAUUAGCUCAAUUUCCACAACAUGUAAAUCAGUCAGAUAAUACAGGCCAAACGCUUAAUUUAAAUCAAUUUAUCCCUACAGUUCAACCUGAUCAAUUCCAAUCUAAUAACAUUGCUCAACCAGCAAUACCUCAUCCUUCAGCUUAUAAUCAAUUAUCAAAUUUUAAUUCUACUCCUCCAGGAAUUAAUCCAUUACUUAAUAAUUAUGUUCAAAAAUCUACUCCAGCUGGUUGGAAUGACCCACCAAUGUUGUCAAAUUCAGAUAUAAUACAAAAAAAACCUCAAACUCCUGUUCCAUCUGCUCCCAUUACUCAUCCAUUGUACACCAAUAAUCCUCCUCCUAUUCAAGAAAUAGGUACAUAUAUACCACUUCAAAGUGAUCAGAAUACCAAUAACAGUACACCAGAAUGUGUGGAAGCAUUACCUAAACCACCAAUACCACAUGAACAUAUUAGAAUUAAACAUAUUUUUGAAGCUUUACAAUCUCAUGUGUUAUCCAUGGCACCUAAUGCACAAAACAAAAAGAGAAUAUUAGAUAUUUCAAAAAAAUUAGAAAUUUUGUAUGAUUCUUUGAGAGUAAAUAAUCUGUCAUCCUAUUGUACUCAAAGUAUUCAUACAAUAUUGGAUAUGGUGAUGCAACAAAAUUACAAUGAAGCUUUCAAUAUUCUUACUCAACUUGUUUCAGGUCCAGAGUUUUCAAAAAUAUCAUCAUUUAUACCAUCAAUUAAAACAUUACUUCAAAUGGCACAUCAUUAUAAUAUUAAUUUAGAAAGAAUUUAAUGAUAUUUAACAUAUUUAUGAAACAUUAUAUAAUGGUUAUAAAUUCUUACAAAAAUAUUUUGUUAUUGUUGUAUUAUAUAUAAAAAAUUAUGCAAUUAUUACAACUGAAUUAUUGGAAUAUUAAUUUAGUUAAUUAUUCAUAUAACACAAUCUUACCAAUUAAUACAUUAUCUACACUGUAGUUUCACUUUUUGGUAAAAAAAUUAGUCAACGAAGACUGUUUUUUGUCUUGUACUAGAGUUGUAUUUUUAGUUAUAGACUUUGAUUGAUUUUUCUUCUUAUCCAAUUGAAUUUUCACUUCUGGUUUGUCAGGCUUAAAUUUUUUUGCUUUAUUCUCAUAUUCUCCAGUAUCAGUGUCUGUACACUCAGAUAAUUCAAAAUUUGAUUCUUUAAUUUCUGUUUCAACGAAUUGCACUUCCUUGCUAGUAC